CCGUGGUGCUGCUGCUGCUGCGGCGUUUCAGCAUGCGACAACUUCACUUUCCGACCAUCUCCAAAGGAGCCGUGCAGCCAUGGGAGUGCAUUACCUCAUCCAUGCAAUUUCCACCAUCAAUAAUUUAAUCUAUUUGCUCCAAAGCUGAAGAGAUAUCCUGAAGCUUGUCGGGAGAGUACAGAGAGGGAAAAAUAUCGCUAAAGUAAAUUAGCCUACUUAGGGAGUUGUCCAACACAUCCCAGAUGACACUACUGUCCUGUUGAAUGGUCUGUUUUACGACUGGGCAGUAAAAGUUCCACCAGGUUAGAAGAGUGAUGACCAUCCUGUUCCUUACUAUGGUUAUUUCAUACUUCAGUUGCAUGAGAGCUGCGCCCCUGAGAGACGUCCCGGGCAUGCGGGGCCAUCGGACGGAGGGCUACUUGGGCGCUGCUGCGACGGCCGUACGAGGCCAUGGGACUCCUCAGAGUGAUGGGGGGCCGGGCCAGCGCGGGGAACUGCCCUCACUCACAGACACGUUUGAGCAGGUGAUAGAGGAGCUGCUGGAAGUGGAGGGAGAGGCGGCAAAGCUGGCACAGGGGCCUGAUAAGAGCCAGGGAGGAGGGGGCCCGUCCUCCAUGGUCACCACAGAGACCAAGGACGUCGACCUGUACGACUCGCGGGUGAUGAUCAGCAACCAAGUGCCUUUGGAGCCGCCGUUGCUCUUUCUUCUGGAGGAAUACAAAAACUAUCUGGAUGCCGCUAAUAUGUCCAUGAGGGUGCGGCGACACUCCGAUCCCUCACGGCGCGGAGAGCUCAGUGUAUGUGACAGUAUUAGCCAGUGGGUGACAGCUGUGGAUAAAAAGACGGCAAUAGACAUGUCUGGGCAGACAGUUACCGUCAUGGAAAAGGUCCCUGUCCCCAAUGGCCAACUGAAGCAAUACUUUUAUGAGACCAAAUGCAACCCCAUGGGGUACACAAAGGAGGGAUGCAGAGGAAUAGACAAGCGGCAUUAUAAUUCCCAAUGCAGGACAACCCAGUCCUACGUGCGAGCGCUUACCAUGGAUAGCAAAAAGAAGAUUGGCUGGCGGUUUAUAAGGAUAGACACUUCAUGUGUAUGCACAUUGACCAUUAAAAGAGGGAGAUAGUGUAUAAAAUGUAUAGAUUUUAUUGAAGAGUUUAAAAAAGAGAAUAAAGAGAAAAUAUCUAUUUGUAUAUAUACAUAACAGGGUAAAUUAUUCCGUCAAAUGAAAAUUUUAUGGACUGCAUGUAAAAAAAGAUGAAGUUUAUACAGUAAAAGUGAUACUACAGUCUAUUUAUUGAACAUAUUCAUGACCUUGUAAACAAUUAAAAAAAAUCUGAUCAGUCAUUUGCGCCCAGUUUAAAUUACUAUAUCACAUCCCUCAAGACAUUGUGAUUUGUUUACGUUGCCAAGAAUUAGAAAAUGAAGGAAAAAAACAGGCAAGGAAUGAGAGAGGACAGUUCCAUCUUCAAAAGCUUGCAUGCUGCUUCAAUUGUGAAUUGACACUUACAAAAAAGGAUAUGAUGCUGACCAAAAAACAUUUUGUUUACAUAUUCAGCAGAAAACAAUUUUCCUCUCAAGUAAUUUAUCUGUUUACUGUUCUAAACUUCUCAAGGUAAUGUUGGAAAUACAUACUAUGUCAAGGUGCUGUUGUCAAAGCUUUGCUGUUUAUUUUUUUAU